CCAUCUUAUCGACCGAGCGCAUCAGCUGGACCGAAUCACAAGUGCCGCAAGCCAUGGCCCCCUCCGCUCUUCAGGGACUUAACCUCGUUCACCCCGUUCAGCAGUCCUAUCUCUCCGACUCACAGGACUUGCUCUCCAACCCACAUUUUCCAGAGCUCAAUGCUCAGCUCGACCUCUGGACUAAUCUCGCAUUCCAAUCCGACGAACCCCUCCUCUCUAAAGAGCAUCAGCAUCGCCCCGACGGCACUUCUGCUGCCGACGAUGACUUUGACCGUGAAGAAGACGAAGACGACGGUAGUGCGCCCUCUGGUCCUGCCCACCUAGACAGCCAUGACAAUGUCGUCCUCGGCAAUCAAAUCCCGUCUUCGGUCACCGGCUCUCAGCAGCCGCCUUUCGACCUGAACGCUAUCCUCGCCGGUCUUGGAGUCGACCCCUUCGCUCUACCACCCUUCCAGCAGCCUCAGAACCAGCUUGCCGCUGCUCCAUCCCUCCAACAAAUUCUCUCUCUCUACCCCGCACACAACUUUCCUUCCCAGCCUCUCGCGUCAUCUACCCCUGCCUCUGCGCUCGAAACCAAGCCUGACGUACAGGCUGCACCACCAGCUAAGCGCGCGCGCACUCGCAAGGCGUCCAUUUCCACUGUAGGCGACGACAGUCUGAGCGCAGCCGCAUCCCCGGUCACGCCUGACUCAUCUCUGACGCCCUCAGAAGACAAGCGCCGGCGGAACACGGCCGCUUCGGCCCGGUUCCGGUUGAAGAAGAAGGAAAGGGAGGCGGCUUUGGAGAAGAAGGCGAAGGAACUCGAGAGCAGGGUCUCCGAGCUCGAGCGCGAGUGUGAGGGUCUCAGGAGGGAGAAUGGCUGGCUCAAGGGUCUCGUCGUCGGCGUUACUGGAGCGGGGUCGAAUCAGCAGCAGCAGUCUACGGGAGCUGGUAAAAGGGCAAGAGAAGGCGAUGAUGCAUAACCUGGUUCGAACAGUGCCCAUUGUUCUUUCAGGUUCUCCCUUCGAUUUCUAAUUCUUCAGCCCAUCGGGAUAUUUGUCCGUUAUUUUAUCCAUUUUACUUCGCUGCUCCCGCCGUGUUCACGCCGCGCCAUUUUUCUUCUCAUGACUUACGUCUUGCCACCUUUGAGGUGUUUUCUUCCGAUAUAUCUGGUAAAGCAUGCUUGAGAAGUGGCUGUAGUAGUAUCAAGUCAAACCUAUAUUUUUACAUGCCCCCCUCCCCAUGCGUAUAUAUGUACAUGUAGAGGUAUGAAGUUAUGCACUGCAGUCCUGUCCUACUGCGGCGAG